AUUACCAGACAAAGGUGUCAGGGGGUACCUAUUGGAUAUUACCAGACAGAGGUGUCUGACUUGGAAUCCCUUCUGGAUCUGCCACUGUGUCUCCCACGGUACACUAACUAACUUGGUCAGACCCAAGGUAUGUAGAUUAUUUGAUUAACGUGCCACAUUAUCCCAUAACCUAUAACGAUGGUUCUAUAUAGAUCAGCCUUUGUUAUACAUUACAUGUUGUUAGAACCUGUGUAGAUAUUUAUUUCAGGUUUAGUCAACAAAACUUUACAGGAUUCUGCUGUUGUACCUAUUUGCAUGAUGUAUAUGUGUGCUGUCCAGACUUUUAUACAGUAUAUAUGCAUGUAUCAUUAUAUAUAAAUAUAUAUAUACCCAUUUCCAUAUUUCAUCCCUGGCACUUGAGUUUGAUUGAUGUACAUACCAAAACAAGACUUUUUUUUUCAUUCUAUUGUGUCAUUGUUUGAGAACAUUUUAUAUAUAGACAUGUGUUUCCAUAACUGGAACAUUCCAGUUUGAUUUGUGUUGUUUGUUAUGUCAUCAGUCUUUUAAACAUUUGUGAGUAUGGCAGUCCGGAUAACCUGUGGUUAAUACGGGAAAACAUCAGGUCGAAAAUCGUUUAGUCUCACCUUAUCCAGUGUUUAGGUUCAGAAAACACUGCCUUGUGCAAGGUAGCCUGCCAUACUUAGAUACCUGGUAUUUUAUAGAAAUAUAAAAUAAAGGUGGAAGAAAAAAAAAGACUUUCUAUAUAACAAUAAAUAUAGAAUAAUACCAAAUAUAAGAUUUUGUCGAAGAUUUGUACUCUAUAUGUACAAUUACCACUCGAUUUAAAACCUCCCUAAAUGGAUCUACAAUAAAAAGGUCACCAUUUAUCUCUGGAUCUCUCUGUCUUUUAUUUAUACUUGGCCUAUCAUUUGGCUGAUAUUGACUAAAAUUACAAUGGUCAUUAUGUGUUAAAGUUCUUUGUCAUAAUUUGAUCUUCAAUAUUGAUAUAACAAAGAGUACGAAAAAGUUUCCAUAUAAAGGUGGAUAAAAGCCUGACAUUGGAGAUAUCAUUUAGAAUUGCCAAAUAUGAGUUUUGUUGAUGUGCUCGGUGUUUGGUUUGUACAUCCUGUACAGUGUUGAAUAUCCAUAGAGUGUGUCCUGUACCGAGGGUGAGAGAAUCAGUGUGUGCUUGCUUUGUAAUUAGAUGGGGAAGCUAUUUUCCCCCUUUAAAAGUUGUAUUGUAUGUAUUUUUCUUGCAUACAGGUUACCGCUUGCCUCUGAGUUUGGAGUAAGGAUGACCCCAUCAUUGAGCGGGUGCAGUGCUUUAUCCUAUGCAGAAUUAGGAACUAUGAUAACCCGGUCAGGAGCUGAGUACGCCUACCUCAAGGAGGCAUUUGAGCCAAUGCAUGCAACAUUGGGGUCGAUUCCUGCCUUCAUGUACGCAUGGACGUCGGUACUGAUCCUGAAACCAGCCUUGUUUGGUGUUGUGGCCAUGAGCUUUGCCCUAUACAGUACAGAGCCUUUCUAUCCAUGUGGUCCACCAGAUAUUGUCAUAAAGCUGGUGUCAGUUGUCUGUCUGUUUGUGGUUUCAUUCAUCAACUGCUACAGUGUGAGUCUGGCCACCAAAGUACAGAACAUCUUUACAGUAACCAAGCUUGUGGCUGUUGCUGUCAUCACUGUAGGUGGACUGGUCAUGAUGAGUAGAGGUGAAACUGAAGUCCUCCACACUGGGUUUGAAGGUACUGAAAAUUCACUGUCAAUGAUAGCCUUAGCUUUCUAUGAUGGACUUUGGGCAUAUGAUGGAUGGAACAAUCUUAAUUAUGUGACAGAAGAAAUCCAAGAUCCACAUAGGAACCUGCCCAGAGCCAUCAUGAUUGCUAUUCCUCUAGUGACCGUCUGCUAUUUCUUCACCAAUUUGUCUUACCUCACUGUCAUGUCGACAAAGGAACUUCUGGCUUCUGCUGCUGUUGCCACGACUUGGGGAGAGCGGGUACUUGGAGGUUUUGCAAUGCUCAUACCAAUCUCUGUGGCAUUCUCUACAUUUGGUGCUGCUAAUGGUUCCUGCUUCACAGGAGGAAGAGUGAUGUUUGUGGCUGCCAGGGAAGGCCACCUACCCGAGGUGCUGUCCUACGUUCAUGUCAAACAGUAUACACCUCUCCCAUCUCUUCUAUUCUCGACUUUACUCGCAGCUAUUCUUGUAACGUUGGGAGACAUCUUCACCUUGAUAGAUUACUUUAGUUUUGCUGCCUGGUUUUUCUAUGGAGCUACCAUGUUAUCACUGUUGGUCCUCAGGUACACAUGUCCUGACCGUGAACGUCCGUACAAGGUGCCAAUAAUUGUGCCAGUGAUUGUCUUGCUUUUCUCCAUCUACCUUGUUGUUGCUCCUAUCGUACAGAACCCACGGAUCGAGUUCCUGUAUGCCUUCCUCUUUAUGAUCAGCGGACUCUUCUUCUAUGUCCCCUUUGUUGUGUACAAAACUACAUUCAAAUUUACAGAAAAAGUGACAAGAUUUUUACAACUGGUGCUAUUGGUGGCACCAAGCAGAUAUGAAGAACUUGUCGCCGACUGAAAACCAGAAUAGGAUAUUAGCAUCUUCUAUCUUAAUGUUCUUUUUAACAAAUUUGUAUAAACCAAAUAGGUGUAUAUAAUUUAUCUAAUUACGACAAAACACUCUUUAUGCAUUUCUGAAGUUGAACCAUAACUGUAUCUGAUUGUUCUGUGAUAAUGAACCAUGGGCAGCAGCUUCCAUGUCAUAACUCAAGAAAUCUUUUGGACCCUGAUAUCAUUAGAAAGUCUGCAGAGUACUCCUCCUCUCACUCACCCUGGAUGUAGGCUGGAUCAGACAAAAAACUGUAGUACCGACUGUGUCGUAGAUGUUCAUCAUAGUGAAUCAAACAUAUAUACAACUCACAUAAGGGUAAAAUCAUUGAUACAAUUAGUAUGUCACAUGUUUCUGUAUACUAGUAUAAGAUAUAUUGUUAUUUAUUUAUUUAUUUAUUUAAAGGACAAUGUUAUUUCUAGUCAUGUUUUCAAUCCAGUAUUUCUUUAAAAAAGUUGUGAGUUGAUGCUGUCUAUGUCUGUCACAUUAUUGAUAGUGUCUCUUUUGCUCAAUCUUAACAUCUAGAAAGUACAUCAAACAUGCUGUGAUACACAUUACAAUAUAGGAAAUAUAGUUAUCACAGGUACUGACAGUGCAACCUUGUAUGUAAAUCCAGAUUAUCAUUCCAAAUCUUGCUUUAGAGUUCUUUCCCUUUCUGGAUCAGGUUUCCUAGAUUACCAAAUUCAGAAUAAAAAGGUAUGAGUUUUAACGGUCCUAAGAUUUUUUGUUUGGAUGGGCAAAUAGAUAACUUUUUCCUAAAAUGCAUAAUUCAUGGAGUUUAACAAGACAAAUAGGAGUGGUUAUCCCAAACAUGGACAGUAAGAUAGCUGUACUAGUUUGAUACAAUGUGUAAUACAAUUGUAUAUAGUACUGUAUUAAUGUAUUACCUUGUUGGUUUUAUAUGUCUAGCUAUCUAUUGUAAUUGGUUUAGACUCUUAAAUUGAGGCUUUUGUUUGUUUCUUUUUUGUUUAACGUUCUAUUUACAAAAUUGAGGCUAAAUAAGUAGCUUACCUAAUUAUUGUCAUUAUUGAUAAGUUGGGGAAAAUUUGUAAAAAAAAAAAAAAAAAUAAGAGAGCCUGGUAACUUUGAUACCCACGCUUUCUCAGUUCACCAAUGUAACACUAACACACAUUCUGUUUGAAGUUAUCCACACUACAUAGCAGCACCAUAAUCACAGCUAUAUAAUAGUGACAGGGUUUGUGAGAGAGAGCUCUUUAUCAUUCCAUUCUGUGGACAGUUCUAGUGGUGUCAGUGGUCCUCCAUCAAUGGAAAACUUCAUGAAAUGUAAUUAUUGAUAUGGACAUUGGAAGUCUAUCGAACACAUACAUGGUGCUAAUGAUGGUGUGUCAUUUACAUGUGUAAGUACACAUGUUUAGAAUCCCAGGUGAAAUGAGUUUGCCAAUGUAUAUAUACAAACCUUGUUGUACUUGGAGAAAUUGUACAGUAACACAGGUAAAUAUGGCCAUCGUAAUUUGUUACAUUAAUGUAUUAUUUAUUGGCUAAAACUUCUACAGAGUAAUUACCUGUAUUACAACCAGUAGAUUUCAGUAAUGAACAGUUUUUAUUUUUAUAUCUAGCCAUCUGAAGUAAUUAAUACAAUAAUACUAGCUUACAAAAAUAUUGGUUGACAAUUUCUAAAGCUUGAGCCCUUGGAUUCCAUUUUUAUAAGUUAUGAAACAAUCUCUAUGAUAAAUUUAGAAAUGAACAUAUAUGUAUACCGGUAAUCACUGAAUGACUUCCACCAAACAUGUAGAUCGUCAUUGAUAAUGUCACAGGUGGUUUUUUGCUUAAAUUUACAUGAAAAAGGAAAGAUGAAUGAUGUAGGUUGUCAGUUAAAUCAUUGUUGCCAAAUUAUUGAAGUGCUAU